AUGGAAAAUACCACGAAUCGUAAUACUGCCGGUGUUCUUACGAGCAACAAUAGGAGUUUUGCCACCAACAGUGUAGCGGCAUCCACUCCGAAGAGGUCCAAAAGUGCUCGAAGGAAAACGUUUAAAUGCACCGGGUACGAUGGUUGUACGAUGUCCUUCACUAGAGCGGAGCAUCUUGCACGUCAUAUAAGAAAGCACACGGGAGAAAAGCCGUUUCAAUGUCCUGCGUGUUUGAAAUUCUUCAGUAGAGUUGACAAUUUGAAACAGCACCGGGAGUCGGUCCAUGCACAUAAAAAUCACCAUGCUUCUAGCUCGCAUCAGCGUAAGCCUUCAUCUUCGUCUUUAUCCUCGUCUUCCUCUGCAUCUUCGUCGUCUUCCGCUACGUCAUCUACAUCAUAUAGCGAUCCUUCCAGGAAAAUCAAUACUGUUGGCGUUAAUAUGCCGAUGAUGGCAGAAAACGAAAAAGCGCCCCAAAUAACACAUUCUUCGCCAGAGUUCAUUACCAGCGCGAGAGGCAUUCCACCCAUUUCUCCAAGAUCCAUUUAUAAUACUCAGCGACAACAACAACAACAGCCCCCCUACUAUUUUCCUCCUUCCCACCCAAUUACUGAUAGCUACUACCAGUACCCUCUUCCCAGUAACAGUACCACCGUCAAUUAUCUACCAUCAAUAGAUGUACAGUACCCGUUGAAUGUGAGUCCUACUUCAGUGGCCCAUCCGGCCACAGAGGCAAUGGUAUCGUCUUUUCCUCCGAGAUCCAUACCAAGUGUUUCCUUCAAAUAUAAUGAUUCAGCCGACUUCCCAGCUCGGACAGCUAUGAACAACUAUAACAUUAGACCAAAUAAUAUCAACGUUAAUACUAACACUAAUAUAAUCAACAGCAAUCCUGAUUCAUUCUCUCCGCCAUUUUCUAUGCCAGCGGCAGGUGCUGAAGCAAGACCAAUUGUUUUCCCGCAGCAUCAGCAGGCAUUCAGCCGACAACCGAAUGGCAAUAACAACAAUAAUAUGUCUUUGUCGAAAAAUGACAGUGAAAAGGGAGAGAAUUUCAAGAAUAAUAAUGAUGACGACAAUGAUAAUAGCAAUAAGAAGAGGUCGGAAGCACUAUCAGAGUCCGAUAUUUCGGUCAAUACCAAUAAGAAGAGGCUAAGUGUUGAUUACAUAUUGACUUGA